AUGGGAAAUAUGAGGCGCAUUGCAGGCGACUUGUCGCCAAAAGCUUCGGACCCGCUUGAGGUCGCAGGGGAAGGAACAGAUCCCGCCCCAGAGAACGCAGACAACAGUGGCAUCGCUGCCACAGCAGGUGGAGCUUCUCCUUCCUGGAGGUACCGCGGGAAUUCGUCCGUGAAGGCGUCACAGUCACUGAAGGCGUCACAGCUGGGACUUGUCGAUGUGUCACAGUCGUCACUGGACGAAGCGUCACAGCCGUCACUGCACGAGACGUCACAGCUACCACUGGACGAUGUGAGCAUGCAGAAGUACAUGAACGACUUGAAUGAGGCAGCAGAGGAAAUGCAAGAGGCUUUCUCCUCAGAAUCGAGCGUGCUUCAAAAUUUUCAACUACACUUCUCACCGUCGCUUGAGGAUGGUCAAAGUCUCCCGGGAUACCCUCUGGCGUUUAUCAGAGACCACGUUGCCAAGAUGCAAGAGUGCGAAAUUCCAUCUGCUUCUUCUCUGCAGGCACGGCUGGACUUCGCCCAACACCUGCAGCUAUUACGGAGCAUUUGCCGCACAGUGGCUCUUCGCUUCAAGGAGUUGGAAUUGUUCAACACUGUGGAUCAGGAUUUAGGCGUGGCGAAUCCUUUUCUUGUUUCCGACCACGGCGAGGAUUAUAGUGACAGUGAAGCUCCUAUAGACUUUCGAGCAAUGGCAAAAUACGACUGGGAAGCUUCUACCUUUCUGAAAUCCUUCGGGCUGUUUGGGGGUGGUAGAACACGAGUAAAUGGAACCUUAGCUGACAAACUCAGAUGGAUAUUGGAGAUUGAGAAGAAAUUUAACGACGCCAACUUGAACGCCCGAUAUUAUUUCAUGGAGUUUCUUCAACCGUUUGAAGGCGACGGCGCUUUCAACCCCGCUCAUGCCCCUGCUGAACACCAGAUUCCAUACACUGGAAAGACAUUUCGAACGGGAUCUCUUGCACAAGCAGCUGCGCAGAUAUUCAGUGAAUCCGAUACCACUACGAAUUACGCAUACAUACGAAAGCUGAACCGAAUUGCAGAUAAUUGGACGAACGAAGACGUAGCCGUAUCUGUGAAGCAGCAAGAGAAGGAAAAUGUGGACAGUGUUCAAACCAGGCUGAAGACUAAGAGGGAGCUUAUGCGACGGCUGCUAAGCCAAGGCAUACCAGAGGAUGAUCUGGUGAUGAUUGCAUUGUUCCUUUUAUAA